CGUGUUAAUACGUGCGAAUCUGAGAAGGAAAGAGAAAAAGAGCGACGAAAAUAAGCGGCGGAAAUUCAAGUAUUCUCUGGGGAGAGAGAGAGUGUGUGUCCGUUGGAUCCGUGAACCGGCCGUGUUCGUUACUCUCGCCCGUCCGUCGUACCUCGGACAAGGAUAUCGUCGUUGUUCGCGUUUCGCGUUCGCGCUAAACAAGAGGCGAGGCCUCGGUAAAUUACGCGAGAUACCAUAACCUUAUCGUUCGACGGGCAAGUGUGCGCGCGUGUGUGUCGUCGGUUGUACGUCCGCCCAGAGAGCCGAGCGAUCGCCAUCAUGAAAACAUUUGGCCCGUCGUCGUCGUCGUCGUCGUCGCCGUCUUGGUCGCCGCCGCCGUCGUCGUCGUCGUCGUCGUCGCUAUCGUUUCUCCUUCGACCUUGCAGGUUCCUCGGGUUUAAGUAAUAUCGAGCGCUCGAGCGCGAAGUUGCACGCACAAAGCGAGAAACGAGGAGAGCGCAACGAGACCGAGAGAGACAGACAGAGAGACGAGGCGAUUUGGUAACGUUUCGUUUUAGCUCGCCCGAGGGAGGGAGAGAGAAGGAACGAGAGAAGGCUCCGAAGAGACAAAGCGAACGCGCGCAUCGAGAGUGUGGCCAGAGGCGAGAAUUGCGCCGCCAGGAUUUUUACCCGAGAGGCACGACGUUCAGGAGGGAACACCUCCCGGCCGACGGAACCGUCGGAGUAUCGGUCGUCGCGGCCGCAUCGGAUCCCUAAACGUGUCCCGAACACGCGACGAGGACAGGACGGCGGUGCGCCCACUUAAAUGCCUCGAACGAAUUCUUACUCCAUGUUGUGCGUUGGUUGCGACACGACUGCGUGUUGGAAAGUGAAUGUAUGGUGACACGCGGUCGAGAAGGAGCAACUGGAGAGCGAGCUGUGGCAAGAGACGCUUAAUUAUCUCCCGUUUAGUUGACUGCAAUUUGCUCGGCGCAGCCUCGAGUGAUUGCAAGAAAAUAGGAUAUCCGAAGAUCUAAGGACUUGUUUAAUCAUUGCGGUUUCAAACGAGAGGACAGAGAAGAUGGAGCGAGAGUCGAAUCCUAUGCAAGCUCUGUGCCGCAGCGGCUGCGGAUUCUAUGGCUCGCCAGCCACGGAUGGCCUUUGUUCUCUUUGUUACAAAGAAAACCUGAAGAAGAAGCAGCAGCCUCCUGUGUCCGCUGCCACUGUACCAACAUCGCAAACCGUCUCUGGUAACGCUGGCACGUUGCAAGGCGGUUUCGGUAGUCCUGCAGCUACAGGCACUACCGCCCAACCUACCAUUCCUACCAUACCUCAACCAACGACGGAUCUACCCAACCCCAAAGAAAUAAACAGGGAAGAUCAAGAAAGUGAAGUAGGUGUAACCAGUGGAGCGAUAGCAGAGGGGUCUGUGAGCAGCGGGGACGCAGAUGACUGCUUCGAUGGCAAAGAGACUGACAAAGAAUCUAAGAAGAAGAAAAAUCGUUGCGCCGUGUGUCGCAAAAAAGUUGGAUUGACGGGAUUCGAGUGCCGUUGUGGGGGACUAUUCUGCUCUGUGCAUCGAUACAGUGACAAGCACGACUGCAAGUUCGAUUACAGAGAAAUGGGCGCUCAAGAGAUUCGGCGCAACAAUCCAGUUGUUGUUGGUGAAAAAGUGCAAAAAAUUUGAACUAUUUAGUGCGUAGAUCGUUGGGAAAAUGGUUAUAUAACUAUAUAAACAAAACACAGAAUAUAAAACAAAAAAACGGAGAAAAAUCGAGAUAAAUUAUCUGGCAGCUGAUUGCGCGUCGAGGGGCGGGGGACCGGGGUUGGAUGCGAAUGAGAGGAACGUCGUGUACGAAAGGGGGAGAGUGUAGCAGGGCAAUUAGCGUGAAAGGGUGUGUGAGCGCGAGAGCAACGAAGCGGCGGGUGUCGUGUUAAGAACGUGCGUAGGGCGAAAGUGCGAGCUUCGUUUUCUGACGACCGAGGGAAAGAAUGAUAAAUUCAACAAGAAACUAUUGGUUUGUACCACGAUAAUACGCAAAUUAUAAUAUAUUAUACAAAUAUAUAUAUAGAGGAACGCCCGAGACACAGACGAAAUUUCCCGUGGGACAGGAAAAGGAAAGGAACAUUGGGGAGGACUAAGGGACGGAAAUUAGAGUGCGUGCCGCGCGUGUACGAAUGAUUCGAGUAAAAAUUUUUGGAUGCCAGUGCCAUGUCAGAUUGUCGUCUUUGGCGAGAGUUUAGAGAAGAAAAAAAAGGAAAUGGAAAAAUAUCCAGAAUAUAUUUGGUUCUAACCGCUGCCAGCUUACUACUACUAUUACCUUUAUUAUUAACUACGAUUAUUACGGUUUAUUAUUAUUCUAUCUCUUAUGUUUAUUAAUUUACUUAAAAACGAAAAUGGAUCGAAAUGCAAAAUUGGCGUACGAAAGUGUUUGUUUGUUUUUAUUUUUCUUAAGAGAUCGUGGAAUUUAGCUAUGAAAGGGGAAAGAGAAACACGGAUCCUUGGUGUGGCCGGUCUUAUGAGACGUCUCAUUUGGGACUUACGAGUGUUUUUUUUUCUUUUUGUUUUAACCGAAAGAGAGAGAGAACGAGCGAGUGAGCGAGCGACAGAGAGAAAAAAUUUUAUAUUAUACAUAUAAUCUAUAUUUCUGUUUCCGUUCGUAAUAUCCAAAAAUGAUAAAAAAAAAGGGAAUGUUGCUUAGGUAGUGGCUGACGUUGAUGGGUGAUCACAAUCCUAGGUUUAACGAUUAGUCUAAUAAUUAUUAAGUAUAUUAGUCUAUUGAUUCAUAAAAAUAAUGCAAUGAAGUAUAAGUAGUACUGUGUGUUUAUGUCCAAUUUCACGUGAAUAUAACCAAGCAUUAUUCCUCAUUAAAUAUGUUUCAAACUAUAUUUGCAAAUCAAUUAUUUACGCCACGCGUUUUGCGGAUCUCCGCGAGGAGGACAGAGACCGAGGAGGGGUUAACGAAUUCUUCGUGCGGUUCCCCGAGAAAAAAAAGCGAAUCGAACGUCGUUAGACGAUAAAAAUUAGGUUGUGUCCACGUGAGUCGUCCAGUCCGGCUUUCUCGAGGUUCAUUUUUCCCGUUCCGAAUUUAAUAAGAAUUUGUUGAGCGUAUAAUUGGUGCUAAAAUACACAUUGUACGACGAAAGGCCAGCCAGAUGUGAGAGAACAAUGAGAGGCCCCUCGACCAUCGGCCCUGUUAAUCGACGAGCGAUAAAACAAAGCGACAGCGACAACAGUUUCUCCGUCUGUCUUAACCAUUUUCUUCCGUGUUGCAAUACUUUUUAACGAAACGAAACAAAUCCAGGAAAAAAGAAAAACGAGUAAGAAAAAAAAGAACAGAUGCGUAUGUUUCAGUUUUUUGUUCAGCGUGUCUCUGACUCUUCUUAGGCUAGGCUCGUAGUUGAGAGAGAGAGAGAGCGAGAGAGAGAGAGAGUAAUGAAGGAGCUGCUGUAGAUGUUGAGUUUUAUGUCGCUUCUACUAAAACGAUUGGGCGAGAAACGAACCGUUGCACGAGGCAACUUAUUGUAAAGAAAGAAAGCAUAUGAAGGAACAGAAUAAUUUCUUCGUUGCUUCGUGAAGUUUUUCGUGCCGAGUGUUUCUUUCUCCGCGUAUCGUCGUCUUCUUUCGAACGUGCGUGAAAACCACGAUAGCCGUCACGCUGAGAGUUUCGCGAUUUUACGGACGGAGUCCUGUGGGCAGUACGUGGCGAAUUGUGAGCGUUGAAUGUAGGGGUGAGAGGCGAGAUCACCGCCGCCAUACCGUUUUUCAUUUUUUACGUGCAUAUUAUCGAUGCUUUGUUCUUUUUCCGAGAUCUUGCGACGUCGUCGAAACGAGAACGGCAUAAACCCGAUGCACAGAGAAAGAAGAAGUCGUUGUAUUAAUUACGUUGAUUAGAAUAAAGUGAAUCGUUUUUCAUUUCAGUGCCACGUUAUCGAUGGUCAUUUAUUUUAUGACGUAGCGAAAUAAUUGUAUUUUGCAGAAGAGAGAGAGAGAGAGAGUGAGCGAAAGAGAGAAAGAGUGUGUGUGAAUGAACGAGAGCGAUUUUAUUCGUGACAGAACUUUCGCAUAUACACACUCUAUAUUUGCCGUGAUCACAGACACACAGAUAAAAAUACAUAUACAUAACAGUACACUAGAACACAGCCACAAACACAUAACACACACACACACGAUGAACGUAAUGUCUAAUGGACAAUAUAUUAUUAAUGUGUACAGAGUGAGACUCUAUUGGUCGUCACGGUUUUUCAAUUUUUGUAAUCGUCGUAUGGAAAAAGAAAUGUUAUAAAUAAAAAUCGUAUUGUUUCAAUAGAACUCAUCAUCAGGGGAAGUUACAUCGCCGAACACUCCGAAUACAUGCACACGACACGCGUCCAUUUUCGUUUGUAUUAUUAUUAAUCCGCGGUAAUUAAUGCAGAUCAGUUUUUCCGUUUUCGUCUGGUUGGCCUCGAGAGAGACAGACUCUCAGAUUGAAAUUAUACGAUUAUUAUUUAACAUUUUCCGAUCAGAAAAGUCCUCUAAUUGUUAAAAAAAGAAGAAGAAGAAUAAGAAGAAAAAUGGAAGAUAUAUCGUUCGCAAUUUGCUUUCUCGAGAUUCGUUGCGCAGUGAUUUUCGUUGUGGCGCGCACCUUAGAGGCAAAAAGAAAGAGAGAGCGAGCGCGAGAGAGAGAGAGAGAGAGAGAGAGAGAAAGAAAUCGAGAGAGCGAGAGGAAUAGAGCGACGGCUGGGAACCGAAGAGAAGAAGUGACGUUAGAAGAAGAGGAGGUACGCACACCGAUUAUCAAUAAUAUCGACGGAACGGUUGCCUUCAGGCCUUCAUCCUAUUUUAGGCAUAGCAUAUUUUUCUAAGAUUGUAACGCGAAUUAACCGGGGAGAGUUCGAGUCUUGCCUAUAGCGAAUGACAUGAGGAGACACGACGGUUUGUGCGAGAGUGUGAAAGCUUUUUGAAUGAAUGAAACGGUGAGGAGGGGGGGGGGUGCGGGGAGGAACCAACGGAGGACGGUUGAUUUUUCGCGAUCAGUUGAACUAAAUAAAUAAAUCAAUCCGAACCGGGGGAACGACGGAUGGCAACACAGCACCGCGUUAGUGCUCGGCUGACUAUAUUAAGGACGUAACGAUGCUUGUAAUUAUUACAUGAUUGAUAUUAGUAUGUUUAAGCGAUUAAACAAAAAGGAACGAAGUAACGUCGACUUUGAAUAUCUCAUGCGCAGGACGAGUCGGACUUAAACGUUUUAAAAACGAUUCGUGUUUAGGCGAUCUUUUGUAUCUUCCCGGUAAUGUGAAAUGAAAAGUUAUUGGAAAUUAUUAUACGCGGCUCGUCCUGCGUAUUAUUAUAAAUUUACCAUUCUUUCGACAAUGACACACACGCUUUAGAUAUAUAUUAUAUCUUAUUUAGGUUCGUUCGUAGGUAGAAAAAAAAAAUGGAUAUCGAUGUUAUUAAUUCGUUUCUACUCUUACGAUUUUCCUCUAACUUUCGUUUUCACGACGUACCUCCUUGCAAAGAAAAAACAAAUAACCGCAAAGCUGCUAUUAUCAAAAUCUCUCUUCGAUCGUGUAUGUCGAUCUCUCUCCCGAUGGUUCUUGCGACCGUUUAUAAUAAUUAUAGUGGAUUAUAUUUAUGUAUAUUUAACAGACAAAAUAUAUAUAAAUUUACCGCCCUGUAAGAGACGCGACAGAUUCAAAGUUAUUUCGCGUUUCGCGGCUCUCCCGAGGCGAAACGAAUUUUAGUAAACAGGAGGAGGGGUCUCCUUUUUCUAUUCAGUCGAGGGAAGAUGCUGACCAGUUUCCUUUAGGGGCGAAUUCGUAGCAAUUAAUAACGAAAGUGAUGCAAUCUUAGGACAAUAAGGCAUAUAGGAGGCACGAACACGAAAACACGAGUUUUCCUUUAGUCGAAUUAUCAUUAUCAUUAUUAUUAUUAUUAUCAUUAUUAUUAUUAUUAAUUAUUAUUAUUAUUAUUAAUUAUUAUAAUAUGUAAACGUUGUCUGGGGUGAAAAUCUUGCGAGAACCUAGUUUGACGAUUACUCCAACGUGUGUUAUCAUGAAAAGAAACCGAUAGCACUCUCUGAAAUUAAUGACCAAUAAAUAUAUGGAUUAUUUGAAAA